CUUCCCCUUGUGACGGCUCACCAGAAGCUCUGACGGUUGACUACACAGCCAAGAAAGUCUACUCGCCCGGAUACCCUGCUCGCUAUGACAACAACCUAAAUUGUGAAUGGCUACUGGAGGCAGGAGCUGGCGUGAGGCCAGGAUUUGGAAUACAGCUGGCAACAUUGGAACUGGAGCUGGAUCCCUCAUACGUCACGAAUGUUGGGGAAUGUGAUGAUUUCCUAGAGCUGUUUGAAGCUCCUUCCAACCCAGGCCCCAGCUUGGGCAGAUGGUGCGGCAGGGCACUGAAGAUCGUCAAAUCCAUGGCAACCACCUUAACUCUCAGAUUUUCCACAAACGGUCUUUAUACAGGCAGAGGAUUUGUCAUUGAGUAUUCCUUGAUUAGAAUUGGGUCUGCCGAAUGUCUGCCAGGGCGUACAACACCAGUUCAUGUUGGCCGAGCACCCUUGUACGAAUCGUUUGAAGUGAAAAGUUCAGAAAACAGGUAA